CGGCGGGCGGGGGAGCGAAGGCUUGCCCGCGGCCGCGGCGCCGGCGAUCUAAGCUUGCCUUUCCGGGCCUGGGCAAGGCGGGCGGGGCCGGUGCGAGUCUAGAAGCGAGCCCUGCCUUUCGGCGGGGCCGCGGUGACAGUCGCCGGGCGCCCAGCUGUGGUCUGCGGGGCCGCGUCCAAACCCAGUGCAUCAUCUGUCCCGCCCUGGCCCUUCGUGGAGGCCGGGUCUAUGCGGUGUGGGCCCAGCGGGUGCACCCACGUGUGGCUCUCUGCGGAGCGCCCUCGCAUUUCCCGUCUGGCCAUCUUCCACCUGGACAGUAACUGGUACCCUGCCUCGGCCUGCCACUGGGGUUCCCAGCAUCUUUCCAUAAUUUAGAGUGAGGCAUGACGGAUGCUCGAAGUCAUCUGAGGCACAGCUGCUCAAACCAGUGCGGAUGACAUCAGGGUCUGCCUGUUGUCUUGCUGUGCAGCCUUCAUGUCUUUUCCCACUGCCAGUCUGCAUCUUCUUCCCUCGUCCCUUCUGUACGGCAUCUGUUUUGCUACCUGCAAGUUGCCACGUCCUCACCCGAACCUGCCUGCAAGCCCUGCUGUGGUUCUAGGAACUCUGGAAGGUACCUGGCACGGCUGCACAGAGGACCCCCUUGACUGGGGCGAUGGAGGGGGGCCCUGCCAUCUGCUGCCCGGACCCACGAGCCGAGCUGGUGGAACGAGUGGCAGCCAUCGACAUGGCCCAUUUAGAGGAGGCAGAUGCAGGCUUCGAGCCUGCCAGGAACGGUGUGGACCCUCCAGCUCGGGCCAGGGCUGCCUCUGUGACCCCUAGCAGUACGUCAAGACCCCCGACGGUGCGGCCCAGCCUCUCGGCUAGGAAGUUCUCCCUGCAGGAGCGGCCAGCAGGAAGCUGCCUGGAGGCCCGAGCUGGGCCUUAUGCCACGGGGCCUGCCAGCCACAUCUCUCCCCGAGCCUGGCGGAGGCCCACCAUAGAGUCUCGCCAUGUGGCCAUUUCCGAUGCAGAGGACUGUGUGCAGCUGAACCAGUAUAAGCUGCAAAAUGAGAUUGGCAAGGGCGCCUACGGUGUGGUGAGACUGGCCUACAAUGAAAGUGAAGAUAGACACUAUGCAAUGAAAGUUCUUUCCAAAAAGAAGUUACUGAAGCAGUAUGGCUUUCCACGUCGCCCUCCGCCAAGAGGAUCCCAGGCUGCCCAAGGAGGGCCAGCCAAGCAGCUGCUGCCCCUGGAGAGGGUAUACCAGGAGAUUGCCAUCCUGAAGAAGCUAGACCAUGUGAAUGUGGUCAAACUGAUUGAGGUCCUGGAUGACCCUGCUGAGGACAAUCUCUAUUUGGUGUUUGACCUCCUGAGAAAGGGGCCUGUCAUGGAAGUGCCCUGCGACAAGCCCUUGUCUGAGGAGCAAGCUCGCCUCUACCUGCGGGACGUCAUCCUGGGCCUCGAGUACUUGCACUGUCAGAAGAUCAUCCACAGGGACAUCAAGCCAUCCAACCUGCUCCUGGGGGAUGACGGGCACGUGAAGAUUGCCGACUUCGGUGUCAGCAACCAGUUUGAGGGGAACGAUGCUCAGCUGUCCAGCACGGCGGGCACCCCUGCAUUCAUGGCCCCUGAGGCCAUUUCUGACUCUGGCCAGAGCUUCAGUGGAAAGGCCUUGGAUGUGUGGGCCACUGGAGUCACGCUGUACUGUUUUGUCUAUGGGAAGUGUCCAUUCAUCGAUGACUACAUCCUGGCCUUGCACAGGAAGAUCAAGAAUGAGGCUGUGGUGUUUCCCGAGGAGCCAGAGGUCAGCGAAGAGCUCAAGGACCUAAUCCUGAAGAUGCUAGACAAGGAUCCCGAAACACGAAUUGGGGUGUCGGACAUCAAGUUGCACCCUUGGGUGACCAGGAAUGGGGAGGAGCCGCUCCCCUCGGAGGAGGAGCACUGCAGUGUGGUGGAGGUGACUGAGGAGGAGGUGAAGAACUCGGUCAAGCUCAUCCCCAGCUGGACCACGGUGAUCCUGGUCAAGUCCAUGCUGAGGAAGCGCUCCUUUGGGAACCCAUUUGAGCCCCAAGCACGCAGGGAAGAGAGAUCCAUGUCUGCCCCAGGAAGCUUACUGACGAAAGAAGGGUGUGGCGAAGGAGGUAAAAGCCCGGAGCUCCCUGGAGUCCAAGAAGACGAGGCUGCAUCCUGAUCCUCUGCAUGUGCCCAGAGCCACCAGGCAGCACGUUCAUCCCACGCCUCCAGAGGCCACCGCCCUCAUGCGACAGCUGCCCCUGCAGGCAGGGGGCCGGGGGCUCGAGCCCCUCUCCCCGCCCCUCCCUUUCUGUACCGCAUGAUGUCUGCGCAGGCACGUCCCGGGACAGAUUGGAAUGUGUGUCAGCUGGGGCUGGAGGCAGGCUCCUACGGCACCUUCCUCUCAGUCCUAGCUCUGUGUGGCCCGACUCAGCCCGUGGGGAAGCCAGGGGCCCGUGGAACCUGGCUGGUUAACAUGGCUCAGGGCAGGGGUCCAGGGACCAAGGUGGCAGAUAGAGGCCUAGCUUAGCUACCGCUCUAGAAGGUGACAGAGCUAUUGUGUGCUCAGAAUGCUGGUAUGGAGGCUCUGACCUCUCCAUGUAUGCCUAGGCCUCAGUGGGAGGUGGCAGUGUUGGAGAAUUCACACUCCUUUUAUGUUGUCUUUUACUUUUGAUUCUAACCUAAGAAAUGGGAAAACCUUACUAGGGAACAUCUAAUGAGCCUCCCUAUAGCUUUGGGGGGUUCCUAGCAUAUCCACCAUUAUUCAGUGACCAGUGGAUUGGGCUGACCUUCCUGGAUUGGCACCAUCUGGAAAAUGGGCUGAACUAAAUCAUACUUGGAGCAUGGGCCCGAGCCUAGAGCAGCAGCCUUCUCUACCCACUUCCCUCCUCCUUCAUAGCUCCAAAGGCCUCACCAGGGAUGAUAUAGGCCAAGGGCUGAGGACUCAGGGCUAUGGCCUUGCGCAUGCUGAAACAACUGGAGUCCAAUCACUGACCCUCACUGGCUUUCCCGUCACAUACCUAUGGUGAAGGAGAAACUGCUGAGCUCAGAGGCCAGGCUGGAUGAGGCACCCUGCAGGGCCAUCUACAAAGACUGGCACACAGCCUCCUCGCCAACUGUUGUGCCACCCGGACGGUCACCAGCCAGGCUGCUCAGAGCUGGAGCACGGGCACCUGUGUGUGGGCAGCGCCUUCUGGAGCAGGCUUCUUACCUCUGGGAUCAACGAGUGGCUGGCUGGCUUGAUGUUCACCGACCAAACCUCAGAGGUGGGCCCUCACCCCCCAAAGGGAAGUAUAUGGGGCUCAGAGCUGCCCCUGAACACAGGAGGACUGGUCCGUCGGAGAGGGAGUUCAGUGGAGGAGGGCCACGUCCUGCAUCUCUGUGCCUGUGGGUGUACGUUGCGCCUCCACACGCACGCACACACGUGCGUGCCCAUCUGCUGCACACAGCACACUCGCAUUUCUUGCACCAGUCCAUGCAUCUGUAACAUAGUUUCUAUGUCUGUUUAAGGCUAGGAGCAGAAUGCGGCCUGCUGUCAACAGCUCCUCUGCAUUAAGGCAGUCUGUGACCCAGGGCUUAGACAGCAUAGUUCAGAACCAUCCGUAAGAGCACGUUUAUAGAGCUGAAGUGAUUGAGAAGUUAAAACUCAGUCCCUGGCCAGUGAGUUUUCCUGAGCAUUUCAGUGAGGUGCCUAUAAAGGCCAGGGCUUGCGGAGCUUUAUGGAUGGGACCCAGCCUUGGAGAAAGCUCAGAGGUGGCUGGCUGGCCCUGUGACAUGGCCUGUGACAGCUUGGAUGGAAUGUCCACCUCAUUACUGAGGCUUUAUUGGCAUCGUCAUUUUUGGAUGUAGCAUAAAUGAUGAACAAACUCCAUAAAAGUGUUUUAAAAAUUAACUUCCCAGGAAGUGAGUUAAAAACAGUAAAAGCCCUUUCUUGAAUUUAAAAAAAAAAAAAAGAAGAAGAAGAAGAAGGCUUUGUGUGUCCAUUUUCUGCAUCUGAUUAUGUGUUCUCUCAUCAGGUAGAUCAGCUGGUUUGGCUUGCUUUUCUAGAAAGGUUUGAGGCAACGCAAGUCCCUGAGUAGCGUGCAGAGGGAGGUGCUUGGGGAGGUGAAAAGGAAGGAGGGAGGGAGCGAAGUGGGUUCCUGGGGCUCCUGGGCAGGUCUGAGGCCCCUCCUUGGGAAGGACUGUGCGCUUGGGAGCAGGCGGGCUGCACACACAGGGUCAGGAAGGCUGAGGUCUUCUCUGGUCUAGGGGUAGCCUGGGCUCAGUGCCUGCCCUGUGCCUCCUUGUGUGGCACUGGUAUUCCCUCCAUAGAAGGGACCUCCAGGGUAGUGGUGGAAAGAGUCACCACCGACAUCACACAGCUUUGUACUGGAAUCCAAGCUUUGCUAGGUCAGGACUAUGUCACUGGAGGUAAGUCACCGGAGGAAACUUGGUUUCCUUGUUAGUAUACCUUGAAUGAAUAUCAGCACUGCCUUCAUGGGGUUCUGUUUCAGUAGAUGAAGUCAUUGUGAGUGCCCAGCAUAGUGCUUGACAUCUAGUAAGCAGCAGCCAGCAAGUGAGACCUCCAAAAGAAGCCAUGGAGGCCCUGGGUUCAGCAUGUCCUGCAUGGAGGGUUGCAGAGUUGGGAGUUUCCAGCUCGCACUGAAGACCAGGAAGGAGACAAGGCUAGAGGAUGCCCAGGUUUUCACCCAAGGAAGAGGCCAGGUUGCCCCUGCUAGCUUCCUAGUUGUCUUGUGAGGGCUGCACCAAGUCCUUCCAAAGGGGGUGCAGGCCACCAGGCAGAAGUCCCCCAAAGACCAGAUCAAUCAGUGGGUCUUGGCCUCACUUCUUUCUGGCCCCUGCAGCUUCUGACCUCGCCUCCUCACUGGCCCCCAGCCCUUCCCCUCAUCAGCCACCAGUGUGGUCUGUCUGAGCACCCACCUGGCCAGGCUACAGUCACUCCAAAUGCCUUCUGCCAGUCAUCUGUGUCCCCUUCUCCCUCAGGCCUUCCCGUGUCUCCAGGGCACCGUCGUUCCUCACCCUCUGCCUCUGCUCCUCAAAGGUGGCCCUACCUUUCAAGGCCUGUUGGGCAGUGAGAGCUCUGAAAAGGAUCCCAGAGGCCUGGUAUCAUUUCUCUAUGCAGACCACCCCUCUAGGAGCCACACUGUGGUAGAGAACCCCCAGGGUAACACAGAGCAUCAGAGAUGAGCCAGGUGACAGCUCACAUAUGCCCACCUGCCCCCUCCAAGGCCUCCCUACACCAGCUACUGGGAAAACUAGGAACCCCACACAUGCAAAUCACUGGAAGACCAGAGUUGGUGUCCACCCCUUCAGAUGUCACCGUGCAGGGCAGGUGAGCCUGGGCACAAGGGUCUAUCUGAAAGCCUGGGAGGCAAGCUGGGGUGUGCCACAGGAGGACUUGGUGUCUCAGAGGACAUGUUUUGCACUCUAGAUACCACAGGUUCUUUACUUUGGCUGUGCUCCUCCAACCUGUCAGCCCACAUGAUGGUCACAGCUGAGAGUGGAAGGAGGGGCGGUCAGGGCCACUGGGGGUUCCACCUCUUCCAGGGAUCACACACAGGACUCUGGUUCCAGGGUCACCUUGCCAUAGGUCACCUACUUGUACAGCCUUCCCUCAGGCAAACAAGCAGACUUAUCACCAGAUCUCUGAGGAGCCGGGUGGUGGGAGCCAGGGGGUCUGGAGAGGGGCUUAUCCUCUCCCUUACUGCCUGAGAGGACUCCUUGCCCCAAUCCAGUCUCCUGCCGGACUAGGCCCUGAAGGCAUCCAAAUCACUCAGUUCCAGGUUUAUUUUAUUUUUUGUCUUGCUAUGUAGGUCAGGCUGGCCAUGUGCUCACUGUGUACCCAGGCUGGUCUGGAACUUGCAGUGAUCGUCCUGCAGCCUUCUGAGUGUGAGGAUUACAGGCGUGCCUGCCAUGCUUGGCUCAGCCCCAUCAGCCCUCUCCCCAUAUGCGCAUACUCAGCUCUGGCUGAGGCCUCAGCUGUAUCCAUUUCCCCAGACCUAGGAUGACCAGAAAAUGAUGGAACCUGGGUCCCCUCACUCUUCAGCCACCUGUCCCCCCAAAGCUGUGCUGAUUUGUCGUCAUCUUGGCCCAGCUUUGUGGUCAGCCUCCUCACCCUCCUCACUACUAAGCUCCCCCAUCCUGAAUGGCUCCUCCAGGAAAGCUUCACUGGCCCACAACCGCAGAGGCACCUGGGGCCUGACAUCAUGGCUGCCUCCCACAAGCCUGGGGCCAGAGCCUUGGCCCCACAGUUUUGCCCACUAGCUGAGCCAUUUCGAUGAUUUAUAAUUGCCCACUUUCUGUGCCACCAAAUUGAAGGCUCACUACUGUUUAGCCGGGAGGCAAGCUGGUUGCUUGGUUUCCCAGUGCCCUAAGUUCCAACAUAGCUCGGAUCUCAGGAGUUGCUGGUGGUUCUCCCUCUGGGGCGGCUGCAGCCUGUCUCUGGCCUAUUUACCCCUAGCCUUUUUUUGUCCUUUGUGUCAUAUUCUUCAGCCUACACAGCUGUGCAUCCCUUUCUGGUAGUGCCCCUGGCUUUUUGAGGGUAGCUGACCCACACAUUCAAAGGACCUGUGCAUGGGCUCAUUGCAUUCUAUCCACAGCAGGACUGUCUAGUUGUCCUAGCCAUGAUUCAUGCAGUUCUGAUGAGCUCUGUACUUUGACUUCCCUUCAUUGUUUGGUUUCCCCCAAGAUACACCGCUUCACCCCCACACGCACACACCCACAUACGUAACCUGUUUACACGUCUACCCUGAAGGGAAGGAACCAAAUCAAGACAACAGGGCACUGGGUCAAUGUCUCCUCCCUUGGUUUCACCCAAACACCGGGGUGGAGGGGGACUGGGGUAGGGUGGUGGGCUGAUGCCUGAGGUUCCUGAGGUACCUGAGCCUUACGAAGAGGAUCCCCCUUACGCUGCUCUCAGCUCUCCCCUUUUCUUUAAAGCACUUGGUGCCAACAACCACCUGCUUCCUUGGGAACCACUUAGAAAGGGCUCCAUGUUGGUCUGUCUGUCCUUCCCCAUUCCCCAUUCAGUCAGAGGCAGAUCCCUGCCUGGCAACCUGCUGGAAUCUCCUCCCAAGCUUUAAAAAUAUCUUGAGGCCAGCCUUCUUCCACACCUGACUGAUCCAAAUGGUCUUUGACGUAGUCUGUGUGUCAGAAUUUUUUUAAUCAAUAGGCUUUAUUAUUUCUUAAAGAAGAUUUUAGAUUUACAGAAAAAUUAAGCAAAUAUAUAGAUAUUUCCUGUAUACCUCCCCAACCUCUGUCUCCUGCCCCCAGGUUCCCCGAUUACCACUUUGCAUGGUGUGCUGCACUUGUUAUAGUUGCUGAACCAAACUUGAUGUUAUUAUUAACUAAAACCCACAGCUUACUUUACGGCUCACUCUAUGUGCUUAUUGUAUGCAUUUAGAUAAUGUAUAAGGACAUGUAUCCACCACUAUAGCAUCAAACAGCAUAGUUUGGUGCCCUAAAAACCUCAUUCUCCACCUGUGCAUCUCUUCCUGCUCCUCCCAACAACCACCAAUCCUUUUAUUAGAUUUGCCUUUUCCACAGUGUCACAGAGUUGGAGUCAUACAGUAUGUAUGCUUUCCACUCUCAAAUAAUUUCAAUGAACAGUAAGAAUGGACAUGAUUAGCUUUGGUCUAAGAUUUGGUAAAGAGGGGUGGUAGAUCUGGUGCUCUGUUUUUCUAAAUCUAGUGUGAGCAUAGGUCUCAUCUCCUUUUGCUAUAUCCAUCCAUCCAUCCAUCCAUCCAUGCAUCUAGGGAUCUAUGGAUCUAUGGAUCUAUCCAUCCAUCCAUCCAUCUUUUGUUUGUCCAGUGCCUUCUAUAAUCAGGUGCUGGGUUAGACACUGAACUGAAUCAAAACAGUUCCUGUUCUCAAGGGUCUCACAGUCCAUCGCAAGAGAUUGGCUUUCAUCUAGUUACCAGGCACAUACUUAGAUGAUUUCAAACUUACAUGGAUGCUUUAUAGCAAAAGCUCAGGGCCAGCAGCUGAGAGUAGCUGGCAAGGCUACAGAGCAAGGAAGUUAAGGAAGAGCUAACAUGAUCACCAGAGAUGCGGGGGAAGAAAGCUCCAGAUAAACCAGCUUGUACAAAGGCCCUGUAGCAGGAGGGAUCAUAAAGCUUCCCAAGAACUGAAGUGAUGAUGUUAGGAAUGAGAAGAGAAUAGUGCAAGAAGCAGCUGGAGGGGAGAUUGGAGCUGGAUAAUGUUUGCUAAGAAAGUCACUGUGGUUACAAAGCAGAAGGGAGGGAGAACCAGAGUAGAAGAACCAGAAAAACAGAGAGACCCUAUUAGCAGGUCACUGCAGUGUCCAAACAAGAGAGCAUAUGAUGGAGGCCAGGUGGAAGGAAACCAAGGGGUAGGUGAGGAGAUGGAAAGAAACUGACAUGAAGCCCUCGCAGGAGGCCAGAUGGACACAGUGACACAGGCCCUGGCUGUGGGGCAGGAGGGGGAGGGUCAAGGGUGGCUCCUGGCUCCUGCCUGCCUACUAGAUGGACUAUCAAGAAGGCAGGAAAUGGGACGAACCCAGGAGGCUAAGAUGCCUUGAAACCUUCAAGGGGAGCUGACCUCAGGCAGCAGGAUAGGCAGGUCUGGAGCUCAGAGGACAGCAAACAGAAGCCUGAGGCUCCUCCGGUUGUUGAUGGCAGUGGAGCUGGAAGACAUGGGUGUGCUGAGAUAGUUUAGGGAGUGGGUAUGGGGUGAGAGAGCCCUGAGGGCUGUCACUGCUGGGAGGAUGACAGAACCCCAAGCAUCCAAGCAGGAGUGGGUGGUCAGGAGGUCAAAGGAGAAUCAAGUGUACCAUUAUUACAGCAGGGUGUGCAUGGCUUCCAGAACUGAGUGACCACCAGUGUCCAGGCUGCCUAGCAAUCAGGGUGUUGGUGGAGGGUGGACAGAGGAAGUGAAUGCAGAAGGCUUCUGAAAACUUAGCUUCAGGGGCUGAGGAUUUAGCUCAGCAGCAUAAGCACCUGCCUUGCAAGCAGGCAGUUGUGAGUUCGAUCCCCGGUACCGAUAAAAAACAAAAAACUUAGCUUCCAUGUGUAGGGGCUGGGGGCAUGGACACAGCUCUCUGGGGCCACCGGCCUUGUAACCUUCCCCUGAGGAACUCUUCUUUAACUACUGACCUGUUUAUGUUCUAAGGGCAGAAGUGAACUGUGGGGUGUGAGCAGAGGGGGCUUACAUGCCUGAUUUUAAACUGUAUUUAAAAACAUCUCUUUUAUGGGGAGGGGUUAAUAUGUGUUGUAUAAAUGUACCAAUUCUUCAUGAUGAAUUUACAUAAUCAUUACAUACUAUAAACAUGUACUGGUAAAAAUAAACAUUUUUAAAUUUUA